AUGGGUUCUCGAGGCACCGUUGUCCAGCCAGAGGGGACACCUCGUUCCUGGUGCAGAGACAACUUCUUCCUUACCACCGAAAAGACAUUUCUCGACCCCAAAGCCGUGAACGAGGUGUUUGAGUCGGACCUCAUGUGGUGGAACGAUCCUCUCGAGCUCAGCCAGAUGCGCAAGAUGCUCGACAACUGUCUCACCUUGGCAGUCUUUUAUGUUCCGGAUACAGAGGAAGAGAUGAUGCGCAACGGCGGCAGGCCUCGACACAUGAACAAAGGGCCCGACUUUCGAAUGAUCGGCCUGGCUCGCGUCGUGACAGACUACGUCACUUUUGCGUACCUCACUGACGUCUUCAUCAUCGAGGAGUUCCAGCGCCGAGGCCUUGCCUCUUGGAUGAUGCGUGCUCUGAAGGAGCUUGUCGACGAGUGGCCAAACCUUCGUGGCCUCAUGCUCAUGACCCACGACAAAGCUGCUGCUCGCAUGUACCAACGCACUCUGGGAGCGGUCGAUUUCGACAAAGGCCCCUCAGCGGGGUUGGUCAUGUUGGAGAUGGGGGGCAAUGGGAAAAAGGAGGUUCCGGACGAGCAUUGA